AUGGCUUCUUUGACUUUACUUCCCUCAUCGACAAUCCACAGAAUAGCGAGCUCACAAGUAAUAACAUCAGUUGGCACAGCAGUGAAAGAACUAGUAGAAAACUCGCUUGAUGSUGGCGCUGAUAAUGUUGAAGUGAAACUGGAAGAGUAUGGAUUUGGGAGGAUAGAGAUCCGUGACAAUGGAAGUGGCAUCAAUUCAUCUGAUGUAGCAGUCAUGGCACAAAGAUACUAUACCUCAAAAAUCAGCUGUUUUGAAAACCUUACUGAACUUACAACUUACGGAUUCAGAGGAGAGGCCUUGUGCUCCUUGUGUUCAGUUGGAAAUGUCACCAUAACAACAAAGACUAAAGAGAAUAYUGUAGCGCAGUGUUAUACCCUCGGACAAGCAGGGAAAAUCAGAUCUAMCAGGCCUUUGCCGUCAUCAACGGGUACUACUGUAGUUGUCACUAACUUAUUCAAGAACUURCCAGUGAGGAAGCAAUUCUUGAACAGUACAAAGAAAUGCAAGGAGGAACUAAAGAAAGUUGAAGAGCUAAUGAUGGCAUUUGGUUCAAUACACCCUGGUGUACGUCUAGUUUUAUGGCAUAACAAAUCAAUAAUUUGGCAGAAGAGUAAAACAAACAGCUACAAAACAGCAUUGAUAAGUGUUUUUGGUACAUCUGUCAUGAGUCAUAUGGACCAAGUUAACUACAAUGAUGAGGAAUCUAAGUUUGAAAUAUUUGGUUAUUUACCCAAACCUGGUUCUGAUCCUACCAUUACAUGCCGGACCAACAAUGAUAGAGGAUUUCUUUUUAUCAAUAACAGACCUGUUGUAAUGAAAGAAGUCUCUCAGCUUAUACGACAGCACUACACUCCAGCAGGAUCAAAGCAUCCAUUCAUGUUUUUGAGCAUYAAACUUCCCCCUGAUGGAGUGGAUGUCAAUYUGGAACCAAACAAGACUCAUGUCUUGUUGACAGAAAAAGAWAAAAUUCUUGAUGCUUUAAAAUGCUUGCUUGAAAUGUUUUAUGUCCAGAAUGCUCCAAAUGAAGAUAGCCAURAUCUUAUAUCUGAAAAACCUUCAUGUGAUACAAGAAAAAACAUGUUUCCAAAUUGUGGAAAUACAAGUGAAAGUGGCGGAGGUAUUAGUGGCAUUGAUAGUGACACUGUUAAUAUCAUUGAUUGUUCUGUUGAUGGGAAUUUCAAYCCAGUAGCAUCAUCAACUUUAAAUACCACRGCUCAUGAAGGUCUUCUAAAUAACAGUGAAUUUGAUACARCAARAUCAAAACAAAUUGYAUAUCCCAUAAAAWCAKCMUGCCUGCCACAGAAUGCUACUAGCARUGAAAGGAGUGACACAYCUAGUCCUUCAGAUAAUGACAUUCACAAGACAGAUUGUUAUAAAUCUUCAAAACCUGAUAGUUUACUAUGUUUGACACAGAAAAAUAAUGCUUCAGAACUUAAAAAUCAUAAUACAUUUAACAAAGAAAAUUGUAUGUCUGAAAAUAUAAAUAAAUCAAAACCCAGUCUUACUGGUAAAAUAGAUACCACCAAAGAUAAGACCUUUAUCAUGUCUAACUCAAACAGCCAUGGAAAUAUAGACGACAAUCAAAUUGAAAAUAAUUCAGAGAUGAGUACAUUUGAAGGUAACAAUCAAACAGGAAAUGAUUCAGAGAUUUCAGUAGGGGAACCACUGCACACUGUUGCCUCACAAAAUAACACAUUUGAUAAUCCAGGACACAGCAAAGAGGAUGCAGAAAAAAAUAACAAACUGGAGGAYAAUACCAAUGUCAGAGGAGCAACAAAUACUAGUAAUUGUGGGGUUUCAGAUGAUAAGGUUGUCUCUCCAAAGAAUACUUCUGUCAAUUCAAGCUUCGAUGAUGUUUUUGAUGAUGACAUUGAAUUUGACCAAAUACUGAAAGAUGUUGCUGACAAGAAGAUAGUUCUAUGCACACAGGCCACCCAGCAAGCUUCAGUUAAAGAAGCUCCUGUYGUAUCAAAUGAAAGAGAAAAUAAAAACAAUGCUGUUAAUAAUGUGGAUAAAAAAAGUUGGAGCAUGGGAAAUGCUUUACAGGAUAACCAAGGGAACAUUGUUGAGCCAGUUCAACUUCUUACUUCAGCAACAUUGCAAGAUCAACACCAGGCAACCCGUCCCCUAGGACAACAUYUUAACCAGAGAAGUAUUGUUUCAAGAAAUGGUCAUAACCAAACAACUCCAGUCUUGGGAAAACGAAAACACUCAAGUGAAAAUAAKGCAAAGAAGCAGGCCUCAAGCAAAAGAAUCCACAACAUACCCCAGAUUCUCAACCAGUCACUGAUCACAUUCCAUGCUUCACAAUCACCAAAGGAAAGAUUAAAACAAGCUAACAAAGUGGUUGCAUCCUUCUCUCUACAAAACCUUAAAAUGGCUCACAACAAAACACAUAACUCCAAGACUGAUGGGCAAUCUGAUUUAAAGAGGAAUGAGCUUAUUGGUUGGUUGGAACCAUCUGGUGUGUGGCUGAUGCUUCAACAAACUGAAAUUAUCUUUGUCAAUCACUGCAGAAUCCAAGAACAGAUAUUGUAUCAUAAACUCAUGAACACUCAUGUCUUGUCCAGUGAAAAACUUGACAAUUCAAUUCAGCUGAGUCCCAGGAUUAUUGGAGGUAAUGAUUGUUGGGAUGUUCUCUUCAACCUUAAAAGUCAAAGUGAUUUAAUCAACAUAUCAGAAACCAUCAUCGACGAACGUCUUAAGUCCAAUGGCUUUGAAAUAAGAAUAAAACAUGAUUCAGAAACUGGAGAUUUAAAAGUUGACUUGAUGUGUAUUUGUACGAGCUUACCAUUCUAUGGAGUUCCUGACCUUGCUCAAGUCUUAGGUCUGAUAAAKUCCAAAGGUGCAGAUUCAUGCUCACUUGCAGAAUGUAGGCCACUCAAGGUUGUCAAUUAUUUGAAAGGAGAGGCAGUAAGAAUUUGCAGGGCWCAGACUUCACGUAGGUCAAGASAGGAUGUUGAAGGAUUGCUGCACCAAAUGGAGGAGUGUUUGCCUAAACAUGUCAGGAAUUGUCUACAUGAGCAACCAUUCUUUGGACAAAUUGCUGACAUUUCUAAACUUUUGUAAUAAUUUCUGAUAUCGCUGAAUAUUAAUAAUUAAUAUCCAUAAUUAAUAUCAAUACACGUUACUCUGAAACUCAUCAGCUUUGUUCAGUAGUAUGACAAAAAAAAACUUAUAUAAUGUCACAAAUUAAAAGUAAUACCAACUCAAAAUUUGAAAUGAAGUAAUACUUAAAUUGAAAAAAGCCUGAUCUAUGAUAUUUGAGAUUGAUAUGUGCUUUUCAGGUUCACAGAAACCUUUAAUCGUGCCAUGAUGGUGGGUUUUCUUAAUAGGACAAGGUUUUGUUACUAUGCUGUGAUCUUUGUCGAAUAUGAAAUCUCACAGUAUUAAAAUGCUCUUUAAAGUGACAAUCUUGAGGCUCAAAAAACUCCAACUAUCUUUAUGUUUUUAAAAUCUUCAUUUUAUUCAAUUGAACGUGAUAAUAGCUGACAAAAUACAAUUACCAGUACUGAAAAAAAUGUAGUAAGUGUAGUGUUUCUGGAAUAAGUCUAGAUCAGUGAAUGGAUGGAAAAUAAUGUAGUUUGAUACCUUAGUUUCUAAUACUGUAAUGCAAACACUCUUUAUCUAUUCAAAAAUAUAGUUUCACAGGUGAGUCAUUA